AGGGGUGGGACUCGGUUUAGUGGGAGAGCUGGGGGCCGGGGCCGUGUCCGGACGCCCAUCUGCCGGCUUCUCUCGCUCCGUGGAUUCGGAGGAGCGGCCGCGACCUCGGCCUCCAGCGUCUCCAGCGAACUGUAGUGGAUGCUGUGGCGGCCAGGAUGCUGCUGCUGGGAUUACUGCAGGCGGGCGGGUCGGUGUUGGGGCAGGCGAUGGAGAGGGUGACCGGCGGCAACCUCCUAUCCAUGCUGCUAAUCGCCUGCGCCUUCACGCUUGGCCUAGUCUACCUGUUCCGCCUUGCAGUCGGCCACCUGGCCCCCAUGCCGCCCGGGGCGAAAAGUCCACCAUACAUUUUCUCUCCAGUUCCAUUCCUUGGACAUGCCAUAGCAUUUGGGAAAAGCCCAAUUGAAUUCCUAGAAAAUGCAUAUGAGAAGUAUGGACCUGUAUUUAGCUUUACCAUGGUGGGCAAGACAUUUACUUACCUUCUGGGGAGUGAUGCUGCUGCACUGCUUUUUAAUAGUAAAAAUGAAGACCUGAAUGCAGAAGAUGUCUACAGUCGCCUGACAACACCUGUGUUUGGGAAGGGAGUUGCAUAUGAUGUCCCUAAUCCAGUGUUUUUGGAGCAGAAGAAAAUGUUAAAAAGUGGCCUUAACAUAGCCCACUUUAGACAGCACGUUUCUAUAAUUGAAAAAGAAACAAAGGAAUACUUUCAAAGUUGGGGAGAAAGUGGAGAAAAAAAUUUGUUUGAAGCUCUUUCUGAGCUCAUAAUUUUAACAGCUAGCCAUUGUUUGCAUGGAAAGGAAAUCAGAAGUCAACUCAAUGAGAAAGUGGCACAACUGUAUGCAGAUUUGGAUGGAGGUUUCAGCCAUGCAGCCUGGCUGCUACCAGGUUGGCUCCCUUUGCCGAGUUUCAGACGCAGGGACAGAGCUCAUCGAGAGAUCAAGAAUAUUUUCUAUAAAGCAAUCCAGAAACGCAGACAGUCAGAAGAAAAACUUGAUGACAUUCUCCAAACUUUACUAGAUUCUACUUACAAGGAUGGGCGUCCUCUGACAGAUGAUGAAGUGGCAGGCAUGCUUAUUGGACUGCUCUUGGCAGGGCAGCAUACAUCUUCAACUACGAGUGCCUGGAUGGGCUUCUUUUUGGCCAGAGACAAAACACUUCAAGAAAAAUGCUAUUUAGAACAGAAGACAGUCUGCGGAGAAGAUCUGCCUCCUUUAACUUACGAUCAGGUUUGUGGAUUUUUAAUUUCAUUGCUGCCUUAUGACUUUGAGUAUCUAAUGAGUGGCUAAUUUUUAGAGGGGACA